UACCAAUUUAAUAGAUAUAUCUAUCAUAAAUCAAGGAAAGUAUGUCAUUAUAGGCUUAUUUAAUAUUUUUAACGAGCGUCACCAUUAGAAGUCAGGUUUUUUUGGCUGAAAGGUCUCUUAAGGCAUCCUGCCAUUUAGAUGCUUAGCGAUGGGAUUACACUUUGGAGAGUCACCAAGUGUGACUCCACUGCUUUGCCUCAUGAUCACAUUCAGAGAAAUAUUUCUGUAAUAAAUCCUCCACGUCUCCAUUUACCACUUCAUUGUAAACAAUAGAAUUAUUGGUCUUGGUAAGGAUUGAUCUUCAUUUAAACGAGUUCUAUAUUCAUAAAGUUAUUGAAAGUUUUGGUCUAAAUGGCACAACCUCAAAUCUCCUUUUUCAGCCUACUGACUAACAAAUGGCAAUGCCAAAGCAAUACAUGACAAACCACAUAUAUCUUCCAAGAUUGGUGGCUUAGAACUGCAGUUACCAAACCAUGUACUGAGAUAUCUUGGGGCACUGUGGAGAACUCAGAGUUGUGGGACAUUAAGUUUGGGGGAAACAUCUGUCAACGUAGUUCAGUUUCAAUAUUAGAUCAUUCUACAGUCCUUUCAAUACCAUUAGGUCACUGAGAAGCUGGGUUGCUGCUGUAAGUACUAAACAAAAAUCAAUGUAGAGCAGAAAAAGGGGGUGGCAGCAUGUAAUGAAGUUUAAGAAGUUGUGAAGUGCAAAUUAAUUGUGGUUGUUUAAAAAUAAUUAUGUAUUUCUUUCACAAUGUGUAUUCUUUUUUUUUUUACAGCUAAGAUUUUAGGGCAUAGACACUAAGUUGUUUGGACUGAAAUACUUAACAAGUAGAACCAUUGGGUAUUUCUUUUGGCACAGGGAUGCCACAAAAAAAAAAAAUUACUGAGAUGCCAUGUCCGGCCACAAAGGUGGCAAGAAGGAGCCCCUGAAGCAGCGCAAGAAGCCGGCCAAGGAGACGGACGAGGAUGAUACGGCAUUCAAGCAGAAGCAAAAAGAGGAGCAGAAACUCGAGGAGUUAAAAGCGAAGGCCGCGGGAAAAGGCCCCCUGGCCACAGGUGGAAUUAAGAAAUCUGGCAAAAAGUGAGCUGUUCCUUGUGCCUGGGGCAAUGGUGAUCCUUAAUUCCAUUCUUGUUUUAACAUCUGGAUUCCCUGCCAUCAGACCUGUUGCCACCUAUAGCUAGAAUGAAGUGUUGUCUUGGAGUCUAUUGUACAUUUAAGAAUAAACUUUUGUAAAAAACAACCAUGCAGUGGCUCAUCUGUAUAGUUCUUCUCACUCAGCCAUUUCAAUCUUAGGUGUGAGGUCUGAGGAAACUCAACCCAGUAUCCUAAGUUUGUUCUUCAGUCUUUGUUCUAUCCCAAAUUUCGUACUGCCUGGAAUUAAACCAACUCAUUUGAAAAAAACAAAAAACAAAAAAAAUCUCUGAACCCAGAGAGUCUGAGAACUGCUUGCUUAGGAGAUUUGCAAAAUUUAAU